AAAAGCAAUCUGUGUGUAACCUCAUUAGAAGAUGCAGAAUGUCGCAGAACCAAGGAACGCCUUUCUAAUGGAAACAAACACAUCUCAGUUUCCAAGUCUUCCCGCAAUAUCCCAAGGAGACAUACUCUAGGUGGGCCCCGAAGUUCCAAAGAAAUUCUGGGAAUGCAAACAUCUGAGAUGGAUAGGAAGAGAGAAGCUUUCCUAGAACAUCUAAAGCAGAAAUACCCCCAUCAUGCCACAGCAAUCAUGGGACAUCAAGAGAGGCUGAGAGACCAGACAAGAAGCCCCAAACUGUCUCAUAGUCCUCAACCUCCCAGUUUGGGUGACCCGGCUGAGCAUUUAUCAGAGGCGUCCGGUGAUUCUUUGGAAGCCAUGUCUGAAGGAGAGUCUCCAAGUCCUUUCUCCAGAGGCAGCCGGACUCGAGCAAGCCUUCCAGUAGUGAGGUCGACCAACCAGACAAAAGAAAGAUCUCUGGGAGUUCUCUAUCUUCAAUAUGGAGAUGAAACCAAGCAGCUCAGGAUGCCCAAUGAAAUUACAAGUGCAGACACAAUUCGUGCUCUCUUUGUAAGUGCCUUUCCGCAGCAGCUCACCAUGAAAAUGCUGGAGUCUCCGAGUGUCGCAAUUUACAUCAAAGAUGAAAGCAGAAAUGUGUAUUAUGAAUUAAAUGAUGUCAGGAACAUUCAGGACAGAUCUCUCCUUAAAGUGUACAACAAGGAUCCUGCACAUGCGUUUAAUCACAUGCCAAAAACUGUGAACGGAGACAUGAGGAUGCAGAGAGAAAUUGUUUAUGCAAGAGGAGAUGGUUCUAUUGCCUCUCGACCUGGAUCCACAGCUCAUCCGCCCCAUGCAAUUCCAAACUCUCCACCAUCCACUCCUGUGCCCCAUUCCAUGCCUCCCUCCCCAUCCAGAAUACCUUAUGGGGGCACCCGCCCGAUGGUUGUUCCUGGCAAUGCCACCAUCCCCAGGGACAGACUCUCCAGCCUGCCUGUCUCCAGAUCCAUCUCACCAAGCCCAAGCGCCAUUUUAGAAAGAAGAGAUGUAAAGCCAGAUGAAGACAUGAGUGGCAAAAACAUUGCAAUGUACAGAAACGAAGGUUUCUAUGGUGACCCUUACGUUUACCACGAGGGGCGGAUGAGCAUCGCCUCUUCCCAUGGCGGGCACCCUCUGGAUGUCCCUGACCACAUCAUUGCAUAUCACCGCACAGCAAUCCGGUCAGCCAGUGCUUAUUGUAAUCCCACUUUGCCAGCGGAAAUGCAUAUGGAGCAGUCACUGUACAGACAGAAAUCAAGGAAAUACCUUGAAAGCCACUUGCCUACUCUUGGCUCCAAAACACCGCCAGCUUCUCCUCACCGAAUAAGCGACCUGAGGAUGAUAGACAUGCACCCGCAUCAUAAUGCCCACGGGUCCCCUCAUACCAUGCAGCCAGAGAGGGCCUCCCCGAGCCGCCAGUCCUUCAAGAAGGAGCCAGGCACCUUGGUAUAUAUUGAAAAGCCACGGAACGCUCCAGGAUUAUCCGGCCUGGUGGACCUUGGCCCUCCUCUAGUUGAGAAGCAAGUUUUUGCUUACAGCACUGCUACGAUACCCAAAGACAGAGAGACCAGAGAGAGGAUGCAAGCCAUGGAGAAACAGAUUGCCAGUUUAACUGGUCUUGUUCAGUCUGCGCUUUUUAAAGGGCCAAUUACAAGUAAUAGCAAAGAUGCAUCUAGUGAGAAAAUGAUGAAAAGCACAGCCAAUAAGAACCACAUGGAUAACGUAGGAACGCUCCAUGUUUCUGGUGGGAAGAUGCUCACCACCCUUGAGUCUACAGUGCCACCCAGCCACCCCCUGCCUGCAGGUUCCUCAGCUGUGCACAUGAGCCUGCUCGACAUGAGGCGAAGCGUGGCUGAACUCAGGAUUCAGCUCCAGCAGAUGCGACAGCUCCAGCUGCAGAACCAGGAGAUGCUGAGGGCAAUGAUGAAGAAGGCUGAGCUGGAAAUCAGCAGCAAAGUGAUGGAGACAAUGAAGAGGCUGGAGGAUCCCGUGCAGCGACAGCGCAUCCUGGUGGAGCAAGAGAGACAAAAGUACCUUCACGAAGAGGAGAAGAUCAUCAAGAAGUUAUGCGAAUUGGAAGGCUUUGUUGAAGACUUGAAGAAGGACUCUGCAUCAGCUGGCCGAAUGGUUACUUUAAAAGAUGUGGAAGAUGGGGCAUUUCUUCUGCGACAAGUGGGAGAAGCUGUAGCUACACUGAAAGGAGAAUUUCCAACCUUACAGAACAAGAUGCGUGCCAUCCUCCGCAUCGAGGUAGAGGCCGUGCGAUUCCUGAAAGAGGAGCCACAUAAGCUGGACAGUCUCCUGAAGAGAGUGCGAAGCAUGACCGAUGUCCUGACCAUGUUGCGGAGACAUGUCACUGAUGGGCUCCUGAAGGGCGCAGAUGCAGCCCAAGCUGCACAGUAUGUCGCAAUGGAAAAGGCCACUGCUGCAGAAGUCCUGAGGAACCAGGAGGAGGGCCCCCACGCCACAGGCCAGCCUCUCCAUGGCACAGGAGUCCCUGGCGAUGUCAAGUCAGAGGUGUUGACGGUGCACCAUGCACAGAGCUCACCUGUCGUCAUCCAGUCCUCUCAGCACUCCUCUUCCCUGCUCACCCACACCCAGAACUUGCCUGGGGGACCAGUACCUCACCCAGCCAGCCCUCCAGCUGUCCCACAAGAAGUGGCCUCUGCUCUGCAGCAAGCCCCUCAGUCACCACAGAUGCCCAUGAAUGGUUCCACCAUGCAGAGCUUGUUCAUUGAGGAAAUCCACAGUGCAAGUGCCAAGAACAGGGCCAUGUCUAUUGAGAAAGCAGAAAGGAAGUGGGAAGAGAAAAGGCAAAAUCUGGACCACUACAAUGGGAAGGAGUUUGAGAAACUCCUAGAAGAAGCUCAGGCCAAUAUCAUGAAGUCCAUUCCCAACCUAGAGAUGCCACCAUCCUCAAGUUCACUGCCAAAAGGAGAAACUCCUGUGGAUAAGUUAGAACUUUCUGAAGACUCUCCAAAUUCAGAACAGGACUUGGACAAGCUGGGGGGAAAGUCCCCACCUCCUCCGCCCCCACCCCCACGGCGGAGCUACCUUCCAGGAUCUGGGCUCACCACCACAAGGUCGGGCGAUGUGGUCUACACCAGCAGGAAGGAGAGCACCACUGCUAAGGUAAGCAGUGAAGAUCCUGGAUUGACCCCACAGGCUAGAGUCACAAAAUGUCCAACUGAGGAGCCUACAGCUGCCUGGACUCAAGCCCCACCCCCAGGCACUACCUCCUCCUCAAAGGAUGAGGAGGAUGAGGAAGAAGAAGAAGGAGACAAAAUAAUGGCAGAACUACAGGCAUUCCAGAAGUGUUCCUUUAUGGAUGUAAAUUCAAACAGUCAUGCAGAGCAGUUGCGGACUGACAGUCACGUUAAAGACUCUAGGCCCGGGCCCACAGUCCCACCCAAGGAAAAGAAGAAUUUGGAAUUUUUCCAUGAAGACGUACGAAAAUCUGAUGUUGAAUAUGAAAAUGGCCCCCAAGUGGAAUCCCAAAAGGUUACUGCAGUGGCACUAAGACUUAGUGACCAUCCCAAAGACAAGUGUGAAAGAGGAACGGAAAAUAGUAUUUCUGAUUCCUCAAGAAUAUCAGAAUAUAAAGCUGGCAUUUUACUGAAGGAAAAUUCUAUAUCCACUAAAAGUUUGCUUCGAGACAGUAGAGACUAUUCCCAGACAAAUCUGUCUAUAGGAAAUUCUGAUGUCUCUGGCAUUAGUUUCUUAAAAGAAGGUGAAAUAGGCAAAGAGCCUAAAGUCUCAGAACUGCAGAACUCUGCGCCUGACACGGAAAGUCAGAAAAUGAAUUAUGGAAAGAUAAUGGCGAUGAAUCAAAAAGGACAAGAAAACACACAUAAGUGUCACCUUCCCUCUCCCACUAGAUUAACUGAAUUGAGUAUCCAUGACGUCAGAACACAAGAUCAAGAAGAUUCCAUGACGGAUUUUGGGCAAGUUGUUCUGAGACCCAAGGGCUCUAGGCAUGCUAACCUGAAUCCUAAUGAAGAAGGAGAAUCAACAUCAAGUCCCACAGAAGAAAAUGCAACCUCAGAUAACAUUGCCUUCAUGAUCACCAAAACUGCUGUCCAGGUUCUGUCCAGUGGGGAGGUCCAUGCCAUAGUGAGCAAAAAGGGAGAAGAUAUACAGACGGUUAAUAUUGAUGCCAAAAAAGAGCCAACCUCCCAACAAGGAGGGACUGAAAAUGAAGAGCCAGUCGUGUGCCUAGACAAGAAACCAGUUAUCAUCAUUUUCGAUGAGCCCAUGGACAUCCGGUCUGCCUAUAAGAGACUUUCCACCAUAUUUGAGGAAUGUGAUGAGGAAUUAGAGAGAAUGAUGACUGAGGAAAAGAUAGAGGAGGAGGAAGAGGAGGAAAAUGGAGACCCCAUAGUCCAGAGUAACCCUUCCCAAAUAUUUAGUAAGAAGGUUGCCUCAGCUAGUCCUAAGUCAAGACAGCAGACUGAGAGCACAGUACAGCCACACUGCCUGCUAGCAGACAACAAAAUACCAGGACUGGAAAUGAGUAAAACAGAACAGAGUCAGUUCAGCCAAGCAGAUUCUCCAAAUUCAGAGAGUAAGGGUGACAUAGCAGAUGAGCAAUUUGAAAACCCCAAGAAAAAGUUCAAAUUCAAAUUCCCUAAAAAGCAACUGGCUGCUCUCACUCAGGCCAUCCGCACGGGAACCAAAACAGGGAAGAAGACUUUGCAGGUGGUGGUCUAUGAAGAGGAGGAAGAAGACGGUACUUUGAAACAACACAAAGAAGCCAAACGAUUCGAAAUCACAAGGUCUCAGCCUGAGGAUGCCCCAAAAAAUAUGUUUAGGAAGCAAGAGCAGCCCAGUCUAGAGGACACGAGGCAGAUUUCAAGAACUGACGAAAUUAGGAAAAAUACCUACAAAACAUUGGACAGCCUGGAGCAGACCAUUCAACAGCUUGAAAAUACCAUCAGCGAAAUGAGUCCCAAAGCCCUCGUUGAUACUUCGUGUUCUUCCAAGAGAAAUUCUGUUGCAAGCUCAUCCCACACAGCUCAAGAGGCCUCUCCCCGAACUUUGCUAGUUCUGGAUGAAGUUCCUACAGCCCUAGAACCCCCCACGUCAAUACCUUCAGCUUCACGUAAGGGCUCCAGUGGGACCCCACAGACGAGCAGGAUGCCAGUGCCCAUGAGUUCCAAGAACAGACCUGGAAGCAUGGACAAACCCAGCAAACAGUCCAAACUGCAGGAUCCCCGCCAAUAUCGUCAGGCUAAUGGAAGUGCUAAGAAAGCUGGUGGGGACUAUAAGCCUACUUCCCCCUCCUUACCUGCUUCUAAGAUUCCAGCCCUUUCUCCCAGCUCUGGGAAAAGCAGUUCUCUGCCCUCUGCUAGUGGUGACAGCUCUAACCUCCCUAAUGCACCUGCUACUAAACCAUCGGUUACUUCUUCUAACCCUCUCAGCCCCCAAACAGGACGAGCUGCUCACUCUGCCUCCCUCAUCCCCUCUGUCUCUAAUGGCUCCUUAAAGUUUCAGAGCCCCACUCAUCCAGGUAAAGGUCACCAUCUUUCAUUCUCACUGCAGACUCAAAAUGGCCGAGCAGCCCCUCCUUCCUCCUCCUCCUCCUCCCCUCCCUCCCCUGCCUCCCCUACCUCCCUGAACCAAGGUGCCAAGAGCACCAGAACCAUCCACACUCCCAGCCUCACCAGCUACAAGGCACAGAAUGGAAGUUCAAGCAAAGCCACCCCAUCCACAGCAAAGGAGACCUCUUAA